AUGCUGUACACUGAUUUCACCUGGGGUCAACAAUACGGGUUCUUUAAAGAACCACAUACCCAUUCCACCACCUCUACACCUCACCGUCAUAGAGGAGGAGAUGAUGAAAAGAAAGAUAACAACAACAACAAUACGAAUGGAAAAGAAGAAGGUAGUAGAGAUGAAAGACAAAAAUCUUUACAACCAUCACGUCAAAGAUCAGAAGAGGAUUUGAAAAAGAAAAGACCAACAGCUCUUGAAUUGGAACAAAAGGCACUUGCAGAGUCAAAGGCAGCGGCAGCGGAGAAAAAGGAAGGAGGAGAAGGAGAGGGAGAAGGAGGAGAAGAAGGAGAGACAAUUGAAAAGAUUCAUUCAAAUGGAAAUAUGUUUUACGAAAAGAUAUUUAGGGAUCCAGUAUCCAAACAACCAAUCGAAUCAUUUGGCAAGGCGCAUUAUCCAAAGGUUCAAAUAGUGGAUUUGGGCAAUGCAUGUUGGAUCGAGAAGCAUUUCACAGACGACAUUCAAACACGUCAAUACCGUUCACCAGAGGCAAUCGUCCGUGCAAAAUGGUCUACUCCUGUCGAUAUUUGGAGUGCCGCCUGCAUGGCCUUUGAAUUGGCCACUGGCGACCAUCUCUUCAAGCCAAAGUCUGGCAAGAACUUUGACAAGUCUGACGACCACUUGGCAUUGAUGAUCGAGUUGCUCGGUCGUCUCCCCAAGUCUGUCACCCACUAUGGCAUCAAGUCAAAGACCUAUUUCAACCACAAGGGCGAGUUGAGAAACAUCUCCAAACUCUCGGAUCAGUGGCCACUAUUCAACGUAUUUACGGAAAAGUACAAGUUUACACAAGAAGAAGCCAAACAAUUUGAAUCAUUCCUCUUACCAAUGUUAAAUUAUAAUACUGAAAAAAGAGCAACCGCAAAAGAAUGUAUUAAUCACCCAUUUUUAAAAGAUGUUCCUCCAUUUAUCUAA